AGGAACGGGAAGGUGGGAGCCGCCGGCUGCUGGAGAACAGCGGCCUCGGAGAGGAGAGGCGUGUUCUGGCAUGUCGGCGAGUUGUGCCGCCCGGCCCCACGCUGUUUCUUGGCCCCUUUUCUGCUCAGGAGAAGUUAGGGCAGACUGUGAGGAAAACGAAUCGGAGUUAACAAGACAAGUUCUCCGCAGCGAGGCAGCGCCAUCUUGCUAUACGGAAAAGGAAAAAGAAGGGCCGUGGCUGACGCCAUUUUGCAUCUGAGCGGCAGAUGGGCACAGCCUCGCUAUUUUGCGCUCCCUGGGCGCCGCCAUUUUAGGUGUCUUCAUAAAAUGCCCGUGGAGAAUCCCCUCUUUUUUCGCCCCGCUCCCAAGAUGGCGUCGAUGCGGGAGAGCGACACUGGCCUGUGGCUGCACAACAAACUGGGCUCCACAGACGAGCUGUGGGCGCCGCCGAGCAUUGCCUCGCUGCUCACGGCUUCAGUGAUCGACAACAUCCGCCUCUGUUUCCACGGCCUCUCCUCGGCCGUUAAGCUCAAGCUGCUCCUGGGGAUGCUGCACCUGCCCCGCCGGGCAGUGGAUGAGAUGAAAGGGGCACUGACUGAAAUUAUCCAGCUCGCUACCUUGGAUUCAGACCCCUGGGUCUUAAUGGUAGCUGAUAUUUUAAAAUCCUUUCCAGAUACUGGCUCCCUUAACCUUGAUCUUGAAGAACAGAAUCCCAAUGUUCAAGAUAUUUUAGGAGAACUUAGAGAAAAAGUAAGUGAAUGUGAAACUUCAGCUAUGUUGCCGUUGGAAUGCCAAUACUUAAACAAAAAUGCCUUGACAACACUAGCUGGACCACUUACUCCCCCAGUGAAACACUUCCAGCUGAAAAGGAAACCUAAAAGUGCCACUCUCAGAGCUGAACUCUUGCAGAAGUCCACAGAAACUGCACAACAACUCAAGAAGACUGCAGGAGUGCCUUUCCAUGCCAAAGGCAGGGGACUGGUCAAAAAGAUAGAUACAACAACACCACUGAAAGGAAUACCAAAACAAGCUCCAUUCAGGAGUACCUCAGCACCUAGUGUAUUUAGUCCUUCUGGAAACAGAACUCCUAUUCCUCCUUCAAGAACACCUUUACGCAAAGAAAGAGGAGUAAAGCUUCUAGAUAUCUCUGAGCUGGAUAUGGUAGGUGCUGGCCGUGAAGCAAAGAGAAGAAGAAAGACAUUAGAUACAGAAGUUGUGGAAAAGCAAGCCAAAGAAGAAACAGUAGUAGAAAAUGCUACCCCAGAUUAUGCUGCUGGCCUUGUGUCUACACAGAAACUUGGCUCAUUGAACAAUGAGCCUGCACUACCUUCUACAAGUUAUUUACCUGCGACCCCCAGUGUGGUGCCAUCCUCCUCAUAUAUCCCAAGCUCUGAAACACAGCCAGCUGGCUCUGCACGAGAGGCCUUGCAGACUAACAGACAGACUGAAGAGCCUGCAGCUCCAAAUGCUACUACAACUCUUCCUGCACAAUUCAAACAAAGAACACCAAUGUAUAAUAGCAACUCUAAUCCACCUGCAGCUACACCUACCUCACCCCUAACACCUACCACACCUCCUGCCAUUUCCCCUGCUGCACAAGCACCACAAGUGGCCCCUCAAACUCAGCAGCAACCACCACCGAAAAAAAGCCUCUCUCUCACCAGGGAGCAAAUGUAUGCUGCACAGGAAAUGUUCAAGACUGCAAACAAAGUUACAAGGCCAGAAAAGGCUCUUAUACUUGGAUUCAUGGCAGGAUCCAGAGAGAAUCCUUGCCAAGAGCAAGGUGACAUCAUCCAAAUUAAACUUAGUGAGCAUACAGAAGACUUACCAAAGGCAGAUGGCACUGGCAGCACCACUAUGUUGGUUGAUACAGUCUUUGAAAUGAACUAUGCUACGGGUGAAUGGACCAGAUUCAAGAAGUACAAACCUAUAACUAAUGUUUCCUAAGAGAUGUGGCAACAGCAGACUGGACCAAAUCAAGCUUAGAGUCAACCAGCUCAUAGAGUAUGUCAACUGUACAAAAUGGCAUUCGUGUACAUUUCUUAGUACCCUCCAGAGUAGAAGUUGUGGCUCUUCAACCUAACUGGGUUCAGUGAACACACAAGAAGAUGGUAUCAAACUCACUUUCCUUUUUUCUUUUUCUCUUUAAUCUUGGCAGAGGGAAAGGUGAUCUUAGAGGGGAAAGUUGUUGAUGUGGUUUCAUUUUCCUGCAGUUCAAGAUGCCAGAAAAGGAAAUGACAAAUGAAAGGUUACAGAUAGAAGCAGUUCACUUCUGAGUACCAGAGAGAAGACUACUACGGUCAUUCAUGAUUUACCAUUAACCAAGGGCACAGGUCUUUGUUGUAAAAAUAUUUUCUUUGGCUACAUGGGUUCUAUUGUAAGAAAGGACUUUUAAAGCACCACAAGUCAGUGCUUGAUUGGUUUGUAAUUCAGCUGCAGUAUAACUAAAUAUUGCAGGUGGCAGAUGUCCAGUGUCUAAUGGUAGCCACUGGAUGUUGAGCUUAUUUAUGCUUGAGUCAUGAGGUUGAGCAUAUUUAACUCGUUAUGUUGUCAGUGUCCAUGCCCAGCAUGAGUUGCCUGUGUUGGGCAUUACUGGAGAUUGGGAGAAACUUGAGUUUCUUAACUUCCCGAAGAAAAAAACCCCAUCAAAAUUAAGAAGAAUGUGAUGGUGGCUUGUCACUGCCUGGCAGUGAAUGCUCUUACUGUGUGAGCCUUGGCCUACAAGUUGGUCUACAGCUCUUGCCUAGCAAGUCCUUGGAACAGCAUAACCUUGCUGGGAGGAUGUGAAACUCUUGCAUCUCAAGACUAAUUGCAGCUUAACUUAAAACUAGCCCUAGAAAUGGUUGAGUGACACGGAUCUGAAUAUAGAUUGGAAGGUUUGUUGUCUUGUGGCAGCGUUAAUUUAUGUUUGGUUGAGCAGUCAUAACAUGUUUGAUUGCCAAGCCCUGAUCCAAAAGCUUUUGGAAUGACUGCAGCUGUGCUUCUUAUCAGUGAGUUGUAUCAGUGUAAUUGCUAAUGUGGCCACAAUUAUACUGGCAUAUAAAUGUGCCUGAUACUUGUCUCUUUCUAGGAGAAGCACAUUUUUAUCUUUAUAACUGUGUCCACACCACUGAUAUAACCCAGCUUUACAGUACAAAUAAAACUUGCAUGUGUUGAGAGGGCUUAUGUACAUAGUUGAGGAUUCAUCCUUGGGAGGCUUGGCUUCAUCAUUUGAAGGAGACUUUGAUUAAACAUCUAGGAUCUGCCAGUAGUUGUAUGUGGAGCUCUGCUUGGUUGGGAACAGUUCUUAGAAGGAAGAAAUGCAACAGUUGUUUGGUCCUGAGGAGGAGGAGGUACCUUGGGCUGACCAGAGGUUCACAUUGAAGUGAGACUCUUAGGAAAAAACGAGGCUUUUUUCUUCUUUUCUGGAAAGGCAGCAGACCAAAUCCCAGAAGUACACUGCAUACUAACACAGGAUUGAUUAGAGUCUUUUUGUGUGUGUUGGGGAAUUUUCAUUGCCUUUCAUUUUGAAUUUUUCAAACAAAUUCUCCAGCAGGACAGGGCAAUUAUAAAACAAAUAAAAUCUGUAUUCUACAGUGUUUUAACAUGUGACCAAAAGUAUAGAUUUCUUCACUUUAUUUAAGCAAAAUAUACUGAAUGUUCCAGCUCCUGCAGCGGGCAGGUUACUCGAUGGUAGCUGCUCCCUCUGCUGAGUGUUGUGCAUGUGUUAGUGUGGAAGUUACUCACAUAGAGCUGUCACGCUGGAGGCUCUCCCCCCACAAUUCCCCCAGUUCAGAAGAAAAUACAGAUUGGGAGGUUUAUUUCUUCUUCUUUUCUUAAAAACCAAAAAACCAAACCAGCUAGAAACCAGCCUGACGAGUGAGGAUGAGUAGUGGGCUUUAGUUUAUAAGAGUUAGUAGAAAGUUUUUUCAUGGUUAUAACUUGAUUGUAGUAUGUUCCACAGUAAGGGUGUUAACAGUAUGGAAAUAUUCAUCUGAAAGAAAGGUUUGAAGAAAAGUGACAUUCCUUUUCUUGUCUGCAUUCAGAUUUUUAAAGUUUUCUUGUGAUGACCAGUUUUACUGUAAACACAGAUGAUGAUACUUCUGUCUUAACUGUUCCUACUUGCUAGAUAAGCUGCAAGUACCAAAUACAGAUUUUAAGAGAGGACUUCUAGAGGAUUGGCUGACUCAAGGAGCAUGUAGUGUCUUUGCAACUGAGCAGUGACCAGGCUCUUUUGGCUUACUUGAGAUUAGUGGGGCUCUCUGGCUAAGCUCAGUCCCCAGAAGUCUGUAUUUCAGACUUGUGCUCUUGAGAUGUCCCUUUCUUCCUCAAGGAGCCCUUCUAGAAUGCGGUGGAGUCAGCUGAGUGCAGUAGAGUGUAGGAAGCUUAACCAUGCUGCUACCUGUUUGUAUUUGCUGCAUAACAAAGUUGGUCUCCGGGCCUGUGUGGCUGCAGUCAGUCAUAUGCAAUAAAUGGCAAUUUUAACUAGAAGCAUAGUGUAUUUUAAAUUCUGUUAAGUCAUAGGGAUGAGACAAUUUUAACACUGCAAAAAUAAUUUAUUCUUGAAGUGACUUUAUGACCCUGGGUACCACAGCAUUACUUCAGCUUGGGCUGUGAAGCUGAGACCUGUUUUAAAUACCUAAGGAAAGAAAAGUUUUUGCAAUGUUGUUAAAAUCAUACAGUAAGGAGUAAAAACUACGUGGGAGUUCUUUGGUUCAGAGAAUGAAGUGAUUGAACCAGUAGCCUGAAAGUAGGGCUAAUGCCAGACAAUGAAGAAGGGGCGACAUCAGCUUUUAAAUUCCAAUGCAAUGGAGCUGUUGCAUACUAAACAGAAUCUGGCCCUGGAACUUAACAUUUUGUCUUCAACAUCCAGAGGCUUGGAUGGUAGCUGGGUUCCAGUCAGUGAGGCUCUGUGUGUGCUGGGAGAUUAAACAAAACCAUUGGUUGACUCUAGAAUAACUUGCAGAUGUACAAAUUGAGCAGAGUAGUGUAAAGUUUCCUUAAAGCUUUGUUUGUGUCCUUCCCUCUUUCCCUUUAUGCGAGCAUGAAGUUUUAGGAAGUAGCAAGCCCGUACUUCAGAAGUGUACCUUGGAAAGGCAAGGUGUCUCAGCUUCCAUUGCCCCUGCCUGUAAAGAAGCACCUGUCUCUGCAAGCUUAGGCAUGAUGUGAACUAGCAUAUUUGAUUUUAGAAUGAGGAAUACUGGAGAAAGACACAGUUAAACUGGCUUGUGGGUUGGGUUUUUUUCCCUCCUGUCUUGUCCAAACUUACUCUUUGGGGAGAAAGAACAUAUCCAUGUACAUCUGGGCUUCUUUAACAAUGUGCCCUACAGCCAAGUGCUGAGUUUCUUCAGGCUGUUUUCUUUCAUCUGUGCCAUGAGGCCGAGAAAGAGUGAAAGGAGUGUAAUGAGGAAAGCAAGGAUGCUGAGCAAUAGUUCUAAGAGUCCAUCUUCCUUUGUGACAACACUUUUUCCUACUCUAGUGCUCUGUAGCUAUCUCCAUAGAAGUCAGUCUAGCCUAAGUAUGGUUAACUCUAGUGUUGGGCCAGUAUUUUGUGGGUCAACUUGCUUUUCACUGGUAGCCUUACCAUUUAACCCUUUAGUUAAAUACCAUAAGAUGCUGGAUACAAUGGGGAGGAGCCUCGGGUGGUGUCUCUAUCUCUGUGUGAAAUUGGUCACUUCUCUCACCAAGUUAUGUCAAAGUGCACACCACUUGUCUAGAUGAAAGAAGCUUGAGACUAACAUAAUACAGUUUAAGAGGGAAUCACAUGUUCAUAGUAAGCUCUGACUGGAACAACAACAACAGACUAAAAAAUGUUAAGCCAGAGCCCUCUGGGAAUCUGGUGCCUUUAACAAGAACUGUCAUUUUGUAAAAUGUUACAUCUAUAGCAUAGCCCAUAUGUUUUCUAUUGGUUUUUUGUACAGUUGUAAAUUCAGAAUAUUCUGUCUUUGGGUACGUAUUUUCAGUGUAAUACAGUAUGUAUCAUAAAAAUAUAGAUUUUCUAAGGA